UGGUCCGCAGACAGCUAUGACAAAAGCAACCUGCCUGAAACUUCUAACUUUAAUAUUGAUCAUACUCAUUAUAUGUCUUCCAGAGUUUUUCAACAAUCAACAAAGUUUUACAUUCUCAUGUGUCAGCAUUUGUCCCAAGGAAUUUUCAGUUCAAGAUUUUGUCAACAUCUCCCUUCUCUGGUUCUGUCAGAAACACCAUCAAAAGGGAAACAUUAAAUCUGAAAGCUUCGCAAAUAUUUCUUCUAAAACUGUCCAAGGUGGGAGUAUCUUCUGCAUACUAGGAGACAUGAAGAACCACACCUACUCACAGUGGUCAUCAAGGGCUUGUAAAAAUCACACUCAGGUGCUCUGUCAUGACGCUGUAGCAGUUGGGUCUAAUGACAAUACAACUUUGGAAAUCAUUGUGACAGCCCCUCUUCAGCCAGAAAGUCAAAUCUUUUUAAAUUACAUGAACAACAGUUUUUGCUAUAGUGUGGAAAGUUGCCGUGUUCACCCCUCAAACAUGACGCAGCUGACUUCAUUAAACUACACCUGUCGGGUCUUUUGUGAGGAGCAGAUUUCUGGAAGUGUGACUCUUCUAUUCCAGUGUUCCAUUCAAAGUACAGAAGAUUAUCUGACUCUACGAAUAGUUUGGAUGACCCUAAUGCUAACAGUCAUUCUAAUGAUUCUCUCCAUUGCUUCAAGUCAAUUAUUGUGCCCCAGAGUGCAAGGGUGUGUGAAAUGUUGCUCAUGCCAUAAGGUACUACAGACAUCAGGGCAUGAGCCAGCGGGCGAGGACACUUUAUACAUGAAUGUUGAAGAAGCACAAAGGACAAAUCAGCAGUGAAAUGCAUUUUGUCACAGCUACUCUCUCAAGCAGUUGUAGAAGAAAUGCAAAGAUAGGCAGAAAUUGCUGGAGCACAAGGCUGAAUCUGAGCCAACAGCUACAACAGCAGAGAUUUCACCUACAGCACCAUGUGUAGUUUUGCCUGAAAAGGUUCACCACUAAGCUGUAUGUGACUGUUUGGAAGGAUUUCCAUGAACUGCUAAAGGACUCUGAGAGAAAAGGGAAGACAAUUUGAUAUAAUGUGCUUGACUCACACUUCCAAAACUGAAAAAAAAACCCAAAGGAAAUUUUUUAUGAGCCAUCUUCUAAAGUACAUUUGGACAAUGCAGUCAUAUGAGUUACCCUUUGAAAUAAACUUUACACCAUGUGAUACCUUGAGCAUUUUAACAUUUAGUAUGAGGUUCAGUGGCCAAAACAGCUUUUUUAAAUAAACAUUAUGACAUUUAUGGGGCUGAACAGUUAAGAAAAGUC